AUGGAUGGGCAGCUAUUGUGGGGCUACCUCACUGGUGAGCAGAUCUGUCCUCCCUGUCCUGUUCUCCCCACGCCGCCCACAUACCCGCCAGAUGCUGAUGAUCACACCAAGACUGCUUUACUUGAGGCAUUUGAGGCUCAAAGGGAGAGCUACCAGUAUGAUCUUGAGGUCUAUGAGACUUGGCUGCAUGAGGAGAAAUCUGCUAAGGCUAUCUUACUUGCGAGCAUGGAGGUUGAUCUCGCAUGGUUCCUUAGAGGUCUUGCCGCUUCACACCUUAUGUGGGAUCACCUCUGUCACAGUUACGAGAUCCAUAAUGAAGCGAUGUAUCUUGCUAUUGUUGAGGAGGCUCAGUCACUUCAUCAGCUUGAUUCUAUAGUUGAGGACUUCCACCAUUAG